GCUGGUCUCCCCCUUUGCGAGUGGUGUUUAUAAGAAGCAUUGUUCCCCCGCUUAAGCGCUCAUUCCGUCUUGAAGUAUAGCUGGAGACACUCAAAUCAGCAGACGUGACACAAAAUCUUAAUAGUUACCAUUCCGAUUGUGAUUUUCCGCUGUGACAAAGCUUCGUCCACUUGGCUCUUCCUCAGUGCUCUAGAAAGGCGAACAAGCGAAUUUCUGCAAGAAGCACGCACCACACUGAAGAAUCAUGCCACCAAAUCUGUUUGGGAACACACUCCUCUUGGCGGAGGGCACACUCGAGCCGGAGAAAAGUGCAUCUCAAGCCACAGAUGACUCGCAAAUCAAAACGCCGACAAUUCAGGCCACCGAAGAGGCAGGGACAUCACCAAAGGUGAAGGAGAAGCCGUACAAAAUACAAUUUGUUUGGAGAAAUAUAAUGAUCUUCUUAUACUUGCACUUGGCGGCACUGUAUGGCGUGUAUUUGCAAUUAACUUCGGCGAGAUACUUAACAUUUGGCAUAGCACUUAUUCUCGGAUUUUGUGGAGGAAUGGGAAUUACAGCUGGUGCUCAUCGUCUCUGGGCUCACAAAUCUUAUAAGGCCAGGCUGCCGCUCAAAAUCCUUUUGAUGGUCUUCCAGUCGCUCGCCUUCCAGAAUCACAUCUUCGAGUGGGUGCGCGAUCACCGAGUGCACCACAAAUUCGUUGAUACCAAUGCCGAUCCCCACAAUUCGCGCCGCGGCUUCUUCUUCUCCCACAUGGGCUGGCUGAUGAUCAAGAAGCACCCUGACGUGAAGACGAAGGGUGUUCUGGUAGACAUGAGCGAUCUCGAGGCCGAUCCAGUGGUCAUGUUCCAGAAGAAGUAUUACGGGAUUCUCAUGCCGAUAUUUUGCUUCAUCAUUCCUGCUCUAAUUCCGUACUAUCUUCUCGGAGAGACAUUCUCUAAUAGUUGGUACAUCGUGUCCGUGAUGAGAUACGUAUUGUCACUCCAUGGAACGUGGCUCGUGAAUUCGGCAGCUCAUUUGUGGGGAAUGAAGCCCUAUGAUAAAAAUAUUUCACCCGCCAACAAUAUGUUCGUUGUGAUUUACGCCUACGGAGAGGGUUGGCACAAUUAUCAUCACGUUUUUCCCUGGGACUACAAGACAUCGGAAUAUGGAAAUUAUACAACGAAUCUCACUUCAGCUUUCAUUGAUUUCUUCGCCCUAUUCGGUCUCGCUUAUGAUUUGAAGACAGUCUCUGAAGACAUGAUCAAGAAGAGGAUCCUGCGAACGGGUGACGGAUCGCACGAGGUCAGUCGCAACAAGCGCGAAGAGGAGCUGCGACAGAUGCUGAUGAGCGAUCAUGAUCACUUUCACGACCAGAACGCGGUGUGGGGGUGGGACGACAAUGAUAUGCAAGAGGAUGACAAGAAAUUUGCCAAAAUCUACAACAAGCAAGAUUAAAUAAAGUGGUGUAAUUUAAUUUAUAUAAUAACAAUUAGAUAAUGUACUGCUUUUCUAUUUUG